GUACCGGGUAUCUCGUCAAGUCGUUUGAGAUGACAGAAGACGGGAAGUUCCGAAUUGAGAAGUUCGAUGGUACAGAUUUCAGUUGGUGGAGAAUGCAAAUUGAAGAUUUGCUGGUUCAGAAAGAUUUGGACGUGGUUUUGGGUGACAAGCAAGAAAAAAUGUCGGAUGCAGAUUGGGCAGGUUUGGAUCGGAAAGCAAUGUCCGUGAUCUGUCUCUCAUUGACUAAGAAUGUUGCGUUCAACAUUCUGAAGGAGAAGACAACGAAGGGAAUUAUGGACGCACUGUUUAGCAUGUACGAGAAGCCAUCUGCAACGAAGAAAGUUUUUCUGAUCAGAGAGCUGGUGAAUGCAAGAAUGAAAGAAGGCACUUCUGUUACCGAGCAUAUCAAUAAGCUAAAUUCGAUCUUAACCAGACUUGCGUCAGUGGGCAUUAAGUUCGAUGAUGAAGUUCAAGCUUUGCUACUGCUAUCGUCUUUACCUGAUAGUUGGUCCGGAAUGGUUACAGUGGUUACCGGUUCAGUGGGACCCGAUGGAUUCACCUUUGAUCAGAUUCGAGAUCUCGUUCUUGGUGAGGAUGUCAGAAGAAAGAGUUCUGGGGAGUCAUCUGGUGAAUUGCUUCAUGUUAGUAGAGGCAGAAGAAAUAGCAGAGGUAGUGGGAGCAGGAACAGACGAAGGAGUCAGUCGAAGACUCGGGAUAGCUCAGGCGUAACGUGCUGGAAGUGCAAGGAGGUGGGGCAUUUUAGGAAUCAGUGUCCGAAUGAUAAUAAAGUGAACAUUGCUAAAGACUCUGCGAGUGGCGAGGAGGUCAAUCUGACUUGCUGUGAGGAAAGCAAUGUGGAUUCCUGGGUCAUGGAUUCUGGUGCUUCAUUUCAUGCUACCCACAACGGUGAAGCAUUACAGAAUCUGGUUAUUGGAGACUAUGGAAAGGUACGACUAGCGGACGACAGAGCUCUUGAGGUGACGGGCAUGGGUGACAUGAUGUUGAAGACCUCAGUCGGUUUCUGGACUUUGAAGGAUGUCAGAGUGGUUCUAGCCUUGAAGAAAAGUUUGAUUUCUGUCAGGCAGUUAGACGAACAUGGACACGAGGUGAAGUUCAGAGAUGAGCAGUGGAAGGUCGUGAAGGGAAAUCUUGUCAUGGCCUGUGGAAAGAAGAGAGGAUCGCUGUAUAUGGUCGAGUUACCAUCUGAGGGAGUGACCGUUCCAGUUCAGAAGAGAAACAAAGUCCGGUUCACAGAGUCUCGUGGGCAGAAUAAGGUUGUCUGUGCAAGAGAGAAACCUAGAGCCACUGGUCAGACUCAGGAUGAACGAGCAUGGAAAGGUUCAAGGGGGCCAGUCAGAGGUAUUUGUGGCAGUGGGAGCUCAAGAGGCGCUUCAGCCAAGUUGCCUAGAAGACAGUGGGUCAGGAGAACCAGUAUUCCAGCUGUUGGAACAUCUCCAGAAAAUUUCUUGCUGAGAGAGCUUCAACGGGCCUUUCAGUUGUCUGAUGAAAGGGCCGCUGCAACAGGAGCGUUGUGGAAGAUUACUCGAUGUACAGGCAAUCGUGGUGGAUGGCAGUUGAUGAUUAUCAAGCCUCCAAGUGGGAGAAUGUUGGGUUUUGUGGAGGCUAGAUACGUUUGGGCCCGAUUUGGAUCGGCCUGUCUUAUUUUUAGCCCGUUUGUCUCUUGUUUCUUGGGGAACAAGUUUCGUAAUCCUAGGUUUUUCUCCUAUAUAUUAGCCCUUGUACUUGUAAUUCCGCUCAGAGUAUGCCACUAUCCAGAAAAUGCUCCUGGUAUUGACAGAUUUAAGAUAGAUAUGAACACAUUACAUCCUAUUUUAGCCGAAUGUCGUGUUUUAAAGUCAGAUUUAGAGCUUGCUCUCAUCCAGUUUGCCAAUGAUAUAAGCUCUGAAGCUCAUAUUGAGGUUAUGAGGAAUAUAAAAGUGGGUAUGAAAGAGUAUCAAUUAGAGAGCAUGUUUCUUCAUCAUACAUACUUUUUUGGUGGUUGCAGACAUUGUUCAUAUACAUGUAUUUGUGCUACCGGUGAAAAUAGUUCUGUUCUCCAUUAUGGGCAUGCAGCAGCUCCAAAUGACAAGAUACUGCAAGAUGGAGAUAUGGCCCUGCUCGAUAUGGGAGCUGAGUACCACUUCUAUGCUUCAGAUAUAACUUGUUCUUAUCCUGUGAAUGGGAAAUUCACUCCUGACCAAGCUCUCAUAUAUAAUGCUGUCCUUGAUGCUCAUGAUGCUGUUAUAUCUACUUUGAAACCUGGAAUUUGUUGGGUUGACAUGCACAAGUUAGCAGAAAAAGUAAUAUUAGAGUCAUUGAAGAAAGGGAACCUAUUAGAGGGUGAUGUUGAGACAAUGAUGGGUGAGAGAUUGGGUGCUGUGUUUAUGCCUCAUGGUCUGGGCCACUUCCUUGGUAUUGAUACUCACGACGUUGGGGGUUACUUGAAGGGAGCAGAGAGACCCAAAGAACCAGGAUUGAAUUCUCUACGUACCAGCAGGGAACUCUCCGAGGGAAUGGUGAUAACAGUGGAACCUGGAUGCUACUUCAUUGAGGCAUUACUACUCCCUGCAAUGGAAUCCUCAAAAACAUCCAAGUUUUUCAAACACGAAAUCAACAGAUUCAGAGGAUCCGGUGGUGUUAGAAUUGAGAGUGAUGUGCGGAUUACCACGAAUGGGUGCAUAAACAUGACCAAGUGCCCUCGAAAGAUUGAAGACAUUGAAGCUGUGAUGGCAGGCGCUCCGUGGACUAUCGAUUGAGCAUGCAACAUUACUCGUGUAGAGUUGUCGUUGUUGGUCACAACCAAUUGGUUUGGUUGUGUUAUUUACUUCAUUUAGACCAGUUGCAGGAGGAUGGUAACUACUAACUAGUGUAUUUUAGUGGCUAAUAUUUUUUUUAGUUUUUUUUAAAACUUUGAAUGGAGUAAAGGUUUGAAUUUCUUGUCUUUUUAGUGGUGCCGAUGUACAAUGUUUUAUUCGUUUUAUGCCUAUAACUAAAUAGUUCUACCAAGG